AUGGUUAAACCCUGGGAACCUAAGUUGAAAAUAACUUUACAUUGUUCUAUUACUGGACUUGAUUGUUAUAAAUCGCAAAAUGAAAAUCAAAGGAUUACCGUAGCUAAACUUACUCUUCCAGAUAUUUCAGAUAAUGAUUCAAAAUCAGUAAAUGUUAUAAGUGGAAACCCACCCAGUUACUACUGA